GUACGCCAUGGGCGGUCACGAUAGCCAUAGUUAUCACAGAACGGCUGAAAGAUACGACUGCGAGACGAACCAGUGGUCAUUGAUCGCUCCCAUGAACACUGAGCGAAACUAUGAAAGUGCGGCUGUUUUGAAUGACAAAAUAUACAUCGCUGGUGGAGAUAAUUAUCUCGGUUAUCUAAGCUCGGUGGAAGUUUAUGACCCGGACACCGACCAGUGGACGUUCGUUGCGCCAAUGCUUUGUCGACGUACGUUUUUUUCUUGCGUCGCGUUCCACGGCUGUCUGUACGCCAUAGGAGGACGCAACAGGAUAUCAUCCAAGCUCAGUACCGAAAAGUACGACCCUGCAGAAGACACGUGGACCGUGAUCCCUGGCAUGAACUUCCAUUCAUAUAAACUCAACGCAGAAGUGAUCGACGACACGAUCUUCGUCAUCGGUGGAUAUUAUGACGAGCAACACUACCUCUCCCGCUUUGCAUGUUUCAAUGACAAGGGAAAUCGAUGGUACCUGGAUGUAGACAUGAAUGUUUAUAGAUCCCAGAUGUCGACUUGUGUCAUCGAGAACCUGCCGAACGCAAGCGAUUACUCCUACAAACACAGAGACAAAUUAAUGGAGGAGAAACGUAAAAAAAUGUUGGAUUGUGAAUGUAACCGUCCUCCCACACAAACUUGUCCUUCUACUGAUGUAGCCACGAGUUCAAACCCAGUAGCUUGGCCGGCGCUGGAUCGGUUAAAACAUUUCGCACUUCGGUGCGAGGAAUGGGUUAAAGGUGCAAUUGGUAUGGUUUAAAUCAAUCAAUUUAUUUACGAAUUGAAAGACA